AUGUCCGGUCUUUCUGAUAGAGAGGUUUUGGCAAAAACAAUUUAUGGAGAAGCACGAGGUGAAUCUCGUGAAGGUCAAGAAGCAGUUGGUCAUGUAAUCAAGAAUCGAGCUCAAGCGAACAGGUCUGAGUGGGGUGGAAAUAGCAUCAGUGGUGUCUGCUUACAACCUAAGCAAUUUGAAUGUUGGAAUGGUAGAGGUGACAUUGAAAUUAAGGAGCCAGGCCCAUACGAACAAUGCUGCCAAGUGGCCGAUAGCAUUUUAAAUGGCAGUAGCCAAGAUCCAACACGAGGAGCAGAUCAUUAUAAUAAUCCAAACAAAGAACCUAAUGCAGAGUGGCCUGAAAAAUGCACUGUUCUGGGAGAUGUUGGACAGCAUCGUUUUUACAAAGGUCCCAACUGA